AAUGAUACAACUGAAUUAUCACUGGAUUAUUUGUGUAAGAUGUUCAUAAAAAGUUUACUCUUUGCUAUGUUCUUCACUGUGUAAUAAACUUGGCAAUGCAUCUGUAAACAUGGAAAAGAGUAAAACAUCAGCUUUGAGUGUUCACAGUCAGGUGACUCAUCAAGUCAAUUAUCCCGUUUGCUGCUCAGCAAAGCCGCCUGUGGCUGGAGGGGGACGGCAGUAAGGAGUUAUGUUGGUUGAUGGUGACUGUGGAUCUAUUUAUUACAUUUGUUGGACAAUGACGUUUGGAAACAAAGGAGUUUAGGUUACGUGAUCUAGCCGAGUGUUUAAUUAUGUGUGAAAGUAGAUCCAGAUCAGAGAUUUGUAAGUCCUCAGAAAAGACUGCAAAAGCAGCGCGGAAAAGAUCCAAGGAGAAAAAGCUACAGCUCAAAGUGCUGUUUCUGGAUGAAAGUCAACAAACAUUUGAGGUUGAGCAAGGGAUUCUUGGAAAUGACUUCUACAAUAAAGCAUGUGGCCACCUGAAGCUGUUAGAAAAAGAGUACUUUGGUCUUGAGUUCAGGAACCAUACUGGGAGUUACGUGUGGCUGGAAUUGCUGAAACCGAUUGCUAAACAAGUUAAAAAUGCAAAUGAGGUUUCAUUUAAGUUCAUAGUGAAAUUUUUCCCACCUGAUCCAGGACAACUUCAGAAAGAACUAACAAGGUAUCUCUUUGCCUUGCAAAUCAGGCAGGAUUUGGCUAAUGGAGGACUUCCAUGUAACGACAACAGUGCAGCUCUGAUGGUGUCUCAUAUCUUACAAUCAGAGGUGGGUGAUUUUGAUGAAGAGCUAGACAUACAGCAGCUAGAGUGCAAGCAGUACAUCCCGAACCAAGAAUAUCUAGACAACAAGAUCAUGCGAUUUCACCAAAAACACAGAGGGCAAUUGCCAGCAGAAUCCGAUGUUCAGCUUCUGGAAAUAGCUAGGAAGUUGGACAUGUAUGGAAUCAGACCACAUCCAGCUAACGAUGGGGAAGGAAUGAAGAUCAACCUUGCUGUUGCACACAUGGGCGUGCUCAUCUUUCAGGGCAACACGAAAAUAAACACCUUCAACUGGGCCAAAAUCCGAAAAGUGAGUUUCAAGAGGAAACAUUUUCUGAUUAAGCUUCAUGCAAAAAUUGUUCCGUCCUGCAAGGACAGCGUGGAGUUCACGAUGGUGAGCCGCGAUGCCUGUAAGACCUUCUGGAAGAUGUGUGUUGAGUACCAUGCAUUCUUCAGGCUUUCUGAAGAGCCCCAGUCAAGGCACAAAUCCCUUUUAUACAGCAAGGGCUCGUGUUUCAGAUACAGCGGCAGAACCCAGAAGCAGCUUCUGGAAUGUGUGGGUAAAGGGGAGAAAAGGAACUUGCCUUUCGAAAGGUUUCUCAUUUCCAGGAAACACUGUAAAGCUCACUAUGAUACACGGCAGUGCAGAUCAUCGCCAGACCUUCUGACAGAUGUAUCAACACAGGCGUAUGAACAGACACACUCUGACACAGACAAACACAGCGAACAAGCUCUGUCGGCAGCCCUGGCUGGGAAACGCAGUAAGUCAGCAGUAGAGGUAGUCUUUGCUGCUGAACUGGAACGAUCCAAGCCUGAAGCCGACCCUGCCUCCUUCAACCACUCGAGGAGCAGCUCCUUCUCCUGCUUUGAGGCCGAGGGACGACCUGAUGUGCUGCAGGGCCAGAGAAGCCGCAUGUGUUUCGUGGGGAGCAGCAGCAUUGCUGAGGUGAACCGCAGCAGGAUGAUCACCAACCCACAGCUCCUGAGGCACACUGCUUCCCCAAAUUACACCCAGGCCGCAAAGCAGACAGAUAGUUUUGUCUCGAGCGCAUCCUUCUACCUGGAGUGUCCGCCCCCGCUCCCGAGGCAUGCCUCGUUGGUGGAUGACGUUAUCAGGUCUUCCAGUUUCUCGAACCCCUUCUCCAUGUCGCCUGCUAGCAGAGGCCUUCAAAAAUACAGACCCGAUGGUUUAUACCAAGUCGGAAUUACAAGCUGUGGCAGCAGAAUCAAUGUAGGGAGAGAGGAAGCUGGACACAUGGCAGAGAAUCCAAACUACCAGGUUGCACUUCCUAAACGGUCUUGGAGUCAGUGUGAUAUGAAAUUCCUGCACACCGCUCACAGCACAGAGUUUACACCGCUGGCACAUUACCAUUACCCAUCUAGGAGGCCGAGUGUGGUGCGGCAACAUGUGGCUGCGGACCGAACAAACUCUCUCUGCACGACAGAAAGGUAUAUCAGUAGUGGAACAGAUGGUAGUGAUUCAGACUCUGACAUCGUCUAUCCUUACUACUACCCUGUACUAGGCAAGCUUGUUAAAGCUGCCCCCCUUGCCAGGCUGCGAGUAUCCUCUGGUAGCCUCCAGCUGGACGAGGAAGAUGAGGAUUCCUUUAACAAUGGCGACUGUGCGGGUGCAACUCCAUUAGCAACCUCUGCCAAGUUACUGUCAUAGUGGGGUUAGCCAAAGGAAUAAAAUAAACAUGUAAUAUUGUGUAAGGAAUAAAAUAAACAUGUAAUAUUGUAUUCUGUGUAUAGAUCUGCAUUUGGAAGGAGUCUGAUGUUAGCCUGGUGUUAAUUAGGGUGUAUGUAAGUGUCCUAUUGCAAGGUAUACAGUGUUAAGUGGAGAAAAGCAAUGCGAGAGCUUCCUAUUGCAGGGCCUUGAAGGGUCCAGUGCGGAGCGGAGGAAAGGGUCUCUGUUGUAUAGGUUCAUUAUAUGUGAGAGUGCCGUCUCAGCUAAUGUGAAACAGAUGUAAACCAAAACCACAUGAAGCGUAUGGAAUUGUAUAGGAGUAAGACUGUGCAUGUUCAGAGACAAUCAUGAGGUUUCCAUGCAAGUUUUUUUUUUUUUAACUAGAGACAUUUACACGAGAAAAAUGUCUCGUGUAAAUGCUUUUUUGGGUUUCCAUUCGCUCAGUUUAUUUUACUUGAGUAAACCGGGCUUUUCACCCGACGUCCUGCAAAUGAAUGGGAAAGGUGGAGGUUGACAUGUAAAUUAGCUAUGCGUAAAGUACUCGUGCUGUUUUUGAAGAUUACUAGUGACAUUUUGUGAAAAUGUGGUUUCCAUGCGGAGAGAACUGGUACACGAGUGAAUCUAAGCUGCUGUAUUAAAGCAAAAUACCCUGUGCCUGCUUGGUUAAUAACGUGCUUUACUGCUCUUGACCAAAUUGUUUUUCAAUUUGAGGAGGCUAUUGCUGUCUAAGAUGCUCUCCUUUCUUUAAGUUGUGUUGGAUUUACUGCUGUGUUAAAUAUUAAUCAUGCAAACAAAUAAAACACAAUCAAUACGUCCAUUUGCUAUUUUAUUUGGUCAGUUCUGAGAGGGCAUCUACAAAGUGGAUGUUGUUGCGCUGUUUUGGGCGAUCGAGCUGGCUCAUGACAUCCAGUUCACAAACUAUAUUUAUUAACGUGGAGGGCAGACGCGCGUUGUCUUUGGACAUAGCUGGGAUCAAAAAAAGGACGGGAAUUAAUUCAGUUAAGCAGCUCACUUGCUCUUUGUGUUUAACUUUAGCGUAGUUUUUACAGUAAGGGUAUUCUCAAACAGCUGCUUUAAUACUAUAACAAAUGCAUAACGCAGUUCAUGGUAAGUGGUUUUAUACAGAACUGUAAACCCACAAGAUAUAUACAGCAUGACAGACCAGACACAGCAAAAAACAAUAAUAAAAAGGCCGUCUGCAUUAGCAUUAAGGUGAACUACUCCACUGCUAACCAUAAAAUCACCCAUCAGCCACUACUUUCUGCCGUCUUGGAAUCCACAGUAACAAUUGACCUGAUCCCUUGCAAUAUUUAUAGUUAAGGAUAAACACGCUCAUUAACAUAUACACGUGAAAUGCGGGUUUCCAUGCGAAACUGGGUGUGGAUUUCCCGUGUGUUUCGUCAUUUACAUGAGUAAAUGAGAUUUACCCUAUCCCUCUCUUUGGCUGUUUUAUUUGGCCACAAACCUGAUUUACCCGAGUAAUUCUCCCAAACGUGCACAUGCAUCGCCAUUACAUGUGUAAAUUGACCUGCAUGGAAACCCCAUGUAUGAGAUGCACUCAAUAAAAGCUUAGAGGAAAGUACACUCCAGACCUGGUCAGAAAGAAUGUUCCCAGUUGAAGGUAAUGGCCAAUUACUAUUUUGACUACAAGUUUGGUGAAUACCAUUAUUCAACUAGUAGAGGCUUGCAAUAAUUGUGAUGUUUCUGUAUCUUGAAUAACUGUGACAUGUAUUGACUAUCAUCUGGUAAGAAAUCUUUUAUUGAAUAAUUAACAAAAUUUGAACAUCCUGUAAAAGUAGUUCCCUUUCAUUUCGAAGACGACCAUCACUUUGGUAAUGUACAAUGAAUCAGACAAAUCGUUAGGUUACUUCCGUAACCCUGGUUCCCUGAAAGAGAAGACGACCACCA